ACGAGGGGCGGCGCGGAAAGUUCGGAGCAGGGUCACUCCCUGCCUGGCGCUGCCAGAGGCCGCUUCUCGGGACUCCCAGCCGGGCGCCGGGCACAGCAGAGCGGGCGACAUGAUCCUCCUGGCUGUGCUUUUUCUCUGCUUCAUCUCUUCCUACUCGGCUUCUGUGAAAGGGCACACGACGGGCCUCUCGCUGAACAACGACCGCCUGUACAAGCUCUCCUAUGCCACCGAGGUUUACCUCGAUCGGGGGAAGGGUCACAACGUCGUGGGCUACCGGCUUUCUUCCAGCGUGGACGUGGUCCUGCUGUGGCGGAACCCGGACGGGGAUGACGACCAGCUGAUCCAGAUCUCGAUCACGGAUGUCAAUGUCGAGAACGUGAAUCAGCAGAGAGGCGACAAGAGCAUCUUUAAAGGGAAGAAGCCCCCUAAGAUCAUAGGGAAGGAAAACUUGGAGGCGCUGCAGAGGCCAGUGCUCCUCCACCUGGUGCAUGGAAAGGUGAAAGAAUACUACGCAUAUCCGAAUGAGCCCGUGGCCAUUGAGAAUCUCAAGAGAGGCCUGGCCAGCCUGUUUCAGAUGCAGCUGACCUCUGGGAACACCAAUGAGGUAGAUAUCUCUGGGGAUUGCAAAGUGACCUACCAGGCUCAGCAAGACAAAGUGAUCAAAGUAAAGGCCUUGGAUUCCUGCAAGAUAGAAAGGCCUGGAUUCACAACCCCAAAUCAGGUCUUGGGGGUCACGUCGAAAGCCUCUUCUGUCACCACCUAUAAGAUAGAGGACAGCUUUGUGAUCGCCGUGCUGGCCGAGGAGACACACGCCUUCGGGCUGAAUUUUCUACACAGCAUCUCAGGCAAAAUCGUUUCAAAGCAGAAACUAGAGCUGAAGACGACAGAAGCAGGCCCGAGACUGAUCCCUGGGAAGCAGGUUGCCGCCGCCAUCAAAGCUGUGGAUUCCAAGUACACGGCCCUCCCCAUUGUGGGCCAGGCCUUCCAGAGCGAGUGCAAAGGAUGCCCGUCUCUCUCGGAGCACUGGCAGUCGGUCAGGAAGCACCUGCAGCCCGACAGCCUGUCUGAGGCCACGUCCGUGAGAAGCUUCCUGGCCUUCAUCCAGCACCUGCGCACGGCCAAGAGGGAGGAGAUCGUGCAGAUCCUGAAGGCCGAGAACAAGGAAGUGCUGCCACAGCUGGUGGACGCCGUCACCUCCGCCCAGACCCCAGACUCACUGGACGCCAUUCUGGACUUCUUGGAUUUCAAGAGCGACAGCAGCAUUGUCCUGCAGGAGCGCUUUCUCUAUGCCUGCGGCUUUGCCUCCCACCCCAACGAAGACCUCCUGUAUGCCCUCAUCAGAAAGUUCAAAGGCUCCUUCGCGAGCAAUGACAUCAGGGAGACCGUGAUGAUCGUCAUCGGGGCCCUUGUCCGGAAGCUGUGUCAGAACGAAGGCUGCAAACUCAAGGCAGUGGUAGAAGCCAAGAAGUUAAUCCUGGGAGGACUUGAAAAGGCCGAGAGCAAAGCAGACACCAUGAUGUACCUGCUGUCCCUGAAGAACGCCCUGCUCCCCGAGGGCAUCCCGCUGCUGCUGAAGCUGGCCGAGGCCGGGGAGGGGCCGGUCAGCCACCUGGCUGUCACCGUGCUGCAGAGAUACGACGUCCCUUUCAUCACUGAGGAGGUGAAGAAGACCCUGAACAGGAUCUACCACCAGAACCGCAAGGUGCACGAGAAGACGGUGCGCACCACGGCCGCCAGCGUGCUCCUGAGCAGCAACCCGUCCUACAUGGAGGUGAAGAACAUCCUGCUGUCCAUCGGGGAGCUGCCCAAGGAGAUGAACAAGUACAUGCUGGCCACCGUGCAGGACAUCCUGCGCUUCGACAUGCCCGCCAGCAAAAUGGUCCGCCGGGUCCUGAAGGAGAUGGUGGCUCACAACUACGACCGGUUCGCCAAGAGCGGCGCGUCCUCAGCCUACACCGGCUACAUAGAACGCACCCCCCACUCGGCCUCCACCUACAGCCUGGACAUCCUCUACUCGGGCUCCGGCAUCCUGCGGAGGAGCAACCUCAACAUCUUCCAGCACAUGGGGGCCACCCACCUCCACGGCAGCCAGGUGGUCAUCGAGGCGCAGGGCCUGGAGACCCUGAUCGCAGCCACCCCGGACGAGGGCGAGGAGAACCUGGACUCCUACGCCGGCAUGUCGGCCAUCCUCUUCGACGUGCAGCUCAGACCCGUCACUUUCUUCAGCGGAUACAGCGACCUGAUGUCCAAAAUGCUGUCGGCCUCGGGUGACCCCAUCAGCGUGGUCAAGGGCCUGAUCCUGCUCAUCGAUCACUCCCAGGAGCUCCAGUUGCAGUCUGGACUCAAGGCCAACAUGGAGAUCCAGGGCGGUCUGGCCAUUGACAUUUCCGGAGCCAUGGAGUUCAGCCUGUGGUACCGGGAGUCCAAGACCAGGGUGAAAAACAGGCUGGCCGUGGUGAUCGCGGGCGAGGUCACCGUGGACGCCUCGUUCGUGAGAGCCGGCAUGGAGGUGAGCGCCGAGACGGAGGCGGGCCUGGAGUUCAUCUCCACCGUGCAGUUCUCCCAGUACCCCUUCCUGGUGUGCCUGCAGAUGGACAAGGCCGAGGCUCCCUUCAGGCAACUCGAGACCAAGUACGAGAGGCUGGCGACGGGCCGAGGCUACGUGGCCCGCCGCAGACGGGAGCGGCGGCUCUCCGGCUCGGAGUUCCCGCUGCACCGGGAGAACUCCGCCAUGUGCAAGGUGGUGUUCCCGCCCCAGCCCGAGGCCGCCUCCGGCGGAGGCUGGUUCUGAGCCGCCCGGCCGGCCCCGCGGAGAGCGCCGUUCACACGUUGACUCGUAUUUAAGAUUUUUGUAAGAGCCACGAACACCUCGCGCGUGGAGCCGGGUCUCGGCCACCGCCCUGCCGC